UUACAUUCUCAAUGGAAUUUUGCGAGAGCAUUAGUUCAUGAUUCCUGCGCACCAAACCAUGCAAUACUUAGUGACGGUACGCAACAUUCACCUGCAAUAAGAAAGAUUUACCCUAUUACUGAUCAAGGAGGAUGUGACGAUAUAAAUUAUAAUAAUUUGGUUACUUAUUAUAUUAAAAAAUGGUGCUCUGAUCAUUUUAGAGUUUUAUAUACACUCUAUUUUCCUAAAGAUGGAUUUUGGGGACCAGCACUUGGGCAUGACCAUGAUUUUGAAGGCAUAAUCAUGACUUGGAAAAAUGUAUCCGGAUUUUGGUAUCGCGACGAAUUAUUAAUGCAUAGGCAUCAUGAUUGGACUCACGAACCAUGGAAUAAUGUUUUAAGUUUUAAUUAUAAUGGCACAGAAGGAAACGGAUUAGAACUUCCAAAAAUAUAUGUGGGAUGGGCAAAACAUGCAAUGUUUAAUAAUAAAUAUACUGAUUAUACGAAUAUCAUUGCUCAAUUCACUGAUUAUGAGUAUAGAUCUGAUAAUUAUCAAUUAUGGGCUAGCAAUUCUCUAAUAGAAGUUACUGAUGAUAAUUGGUAUGGUCAAAAAUUUAAAGCAUACAAUUGGGGCGGGAAGGCAACACCUCCUACUGACACUGAUAUAUGCAAUGCAUAA